AUGGGCCUCAAGGGUACCGGGCUAGCCAGAGCCCGUGUAUGUCUCAUAGUCGUACCUUCCUUCUUAUUAUUCGGCUACAACCAGUCAAAUAUCGGUGGCCUUCUCAACUAUCCCUCUUUCAACAAAUACUUCCCAGAAAUCGAUACCGCCAACGUCACCGGGGUUGUCAAGGCCAAUAACGCUAAGGCUCAGGGAACAGUCGUCGCCAUUUAUACCAUCGGAUGUUUGAUUGGGGCUCUUGGCAUCACGCAGAUUGGAAACAGGAUUGGACGUCGCAAGUCUCUCAUCACUGCGGCCGCUAUCGCAGCUCUCGGUCUAAUAAUCCAGUGUUCUUCAUUCAGCAUCAGUCAGCUUGUGGUGGGACGUAUCAUCUCUGGAUUUGGAAAUGGUGGUGUCAAUGCUGUAGUGCCCGUGUGGCAGAGUGAAUGCACUGCACCUAAGAGCCGCGGCAAGAAUGUUGUUAUAAUAGGCAUCUUCAUUUCAUCUGGAAUAGCUGCCGCCGGUUGGGUUAAUGUCGGAUUCUCGUUUAUUCAAAACAACGAGGUCGCUUGGCGCUUUCCCCUGGCCUUGCCAAUUCUGUUCACUUUGAUGAUUAUCACCUUUGCUCCUUUUUUCCCCGAGUCACCUCGCUGGCUGAUCAGCAAGGGUCGACUGGAGGACGCCCAUGAUGCUAUGUGGGACCUAUCCACAGAUGAUACCGUCACCGAAGCAGAAAUUCGUAUACAAAUCGACAAUAUCUCUAGCUUGCUUCGUCAAGGCUCCCAAUCUGAGCGUGGAUUUAUUGAUCUCUUCAAACCCGGGAGCCAGAGACUUUUCUACCGCAUGUGCCUUGCUAUCGGCAUUAACUUUUGCGCUCAGAUGACUGGUGCAAAUGUGAUCUCUUAUUAUGGGUCCACAAUCUUCAAGGAGUCUCUCGGCCUAGAAGAAAAAAAAGCAGCGUUGCUCAAUGCAGGCGUCCUGACUUGGAAAAUAUUUGCCGCCAUUUUUGCUUACGUAUCAGUGGAUCGCUUUGGUCGGAAGCCUCUAUUUAUUUCCGCUUGUCUCGGAAUGGGUCUGUCAAUGGCUGCUCUGGCUGGAUGCGUCUGGGCUAUUGGCCACCGAUACACUCUUGGUGCCUCUGUUGGAGCCACCUUUUUCCUGUUUUGCUUCAUGGCUUUCUUUCCACUUGGAUUUCUAGGUGCCAACUUUCUUUACGGUGCAGAGAUUGCGCCUCAAGACUUGCGUAUUCAUCUUGCGGCUAUCGGAACUGCUACGCAUUGGUUAUUCAAUUUUGUUAUAGUUGAAAUUACCCCAAUUGCAUUCGUCACGAUCAAAUGGCGGUACUAUAUUGUUUACGCCGUUGUUGGUGUCAGCGCUGCUGGAAUGGUCUAUCUUUUCUUCCCCGAGACCAAUCAUCGUUCACUAGAGGAAAUGGAUGAGUUGUUCUCGGAUCCGGAUCACUGGUGGCAAGUGCCUAAAUAUACCCGCGUGCUAAGUCCAGGAGAACUCGGGGUAUCGGCUACCUUGAAGACAUCUGUUUCACACAUCGAGAAGGUUUAG